AUGGAGCAGCAACCGUCCAUAGGGUCUUCAUCACCAUACUAUGACAUUGUCAUCGUCGGAGCUGGUCCUGUUGGUCUCAUGUUGUCCACCUGCUUAUCAAGAUGGGGCUACAAGAUCAAGCACAUUGACAAUAGAGCCGAACCGACGCCAACCGGACGAGCAGAUGGCAUCCAGCCCAGAUCUUUGGACUUGCUUCGCAACAUGGGCCUGAAAUCGGCAAUCAUGGCCCACAAGCCCGCCAGAGUCUACGAGGUAGCUUUCUGGGAUCCCCCACAGACAGGCCACGGUAUCGUCAGAACCGGCACAUGGGCCAGCUGUCCAAGCUUCAUCGAUGCCAGAUAUCCCUUCACUACACUUCUCCAUCAAGGUCUUAUCGAGCGUGUCUUCAUCGCAGAUCUCGAGAAGAACGGGGUCCAGAUUAAACGGCCAUGGACAAUCACCGACUUCAAGUCAGAUAAUAGCGAAAAUUUGGAGUAUCCGGUUGAGGUUCAACUGAAGCAUGUCGACGGCACUGCUUCAGAGACUGUUCGUGCCAAGUACUUAUUCAGUGGUGAGGGUGCUCGGUCAUUUGUGAGACAACAACUCGGUAUUGGUGUCUCGCACAAAGAUCCAAUUGCCCAUGUCUGGGGUGUUAUGGACGGUGUUGUCAAGACUGACUUUCCUGAUAUCAAGAUGAAAUGUACGAUACAUUCUGAACACGGUUCCAUCAUGGUGAUUCCUCGAGAAGAUAAUAUGGUUCGACUAUACAUACAAAUUGCUUCUUCUACAGACCCAGACUGGGACCCGUGCAAGACAGCAACUGAAGGUGAGGUUCAGGCCUCUGCAAAGCGAAUACUUGAGCCUUACUCCAUUGAGUGGGAACGCGUGGAGUGGUACUCCGUCUAUCCAAUUGGUCAGGGUAUAUCCGACAAAUACACACUGGACCAUCGGGUAUUUCUUGGCGGUGACGCAUGCCAUACUCAUAGCCCCAAAGCUGGUCAGGGAAUGAAUACAGCGUUCUUGGACGCGCAAAACCUUGCUUGGAAGAUACAUGCUGUCGAAGGUGGUCUUGCAGACCGGGCAUUACUAACCACCUAUGAGCCGGAACGAAAGGAGGUAGCAGAGAACCUUCUGGACUUUGAUAACAAGUACGCUAAGCUUUUCUCACAACGACCUCCAGCAGCCGCAGAGGUUCAGGCAGCAUCGGAGCAGUCUCCCACACACGCAGAAGAUAACGAAUUCAUCAAGACUUUCAAAGAGUCCUGUGAAUUCACAAGCGGGUAUGGGGUCGCGUACGGCCCCAACGUACUGAACUGGUCGCCCAGCCACCCUGCGCAGUCGGCCCUGCUUAAUCCCAAGGGCACGAAGCUGCGGACAGGUCGGCUCAUGAUGAAUGCCGACGUCACUCGAGUUGUAGACGCAAAUGUGGUGUACCUUGAACAGCAAAUACCCCUGAACGGCUCGUUCCGCAUCUACGUCUUCGCUGGCAAGCCGUCGGUCACUCAACAGGCACUCAAGGACUUUGCUUUCAACCUUGGCGACAAGCGUUCCUUCUUCGGCGCGUACUAUUGCGACAACAUUGCGUCUGUCUCCUACCACGAUAACCUCGACCUCAACCCCCACAGCCUAUUCUUCACCAUCUGUACCGUUUUUGCAGCGCGGCGGAGCAGCAUCGAAAUCUCUCGCGACUUGCCGGAUCUCCUGGCUAGGUACCGGGACCUGGUGUACGCCGAUGAUCGAUGGGAUCGCCACAUUCCGGAUGCGAAGGCUGCGGCGCAUGCGAAGAUGGGACUUGAUGAAGAAAACGGAGGCGUUGUGGUCGUUCGCCCGGAUGGGUAUGUUGGCUGUGUAGCAAGCUUGGUAGAAGGUAGCGGGACAGUUGAUGCGCUGAAUGAUUACUUCUCCGCGUUCUGCACGAAGAAGCUGGGCAUAACGUGA